AUGAAUGUCAGCACAAGUGCAUUAGGAGUGAGAAGAAGAAAGGCUGCAGCUCAGAAUAUUGAUGAUGAAGAGAAUGCAGCUUUGUUGAAAUUGGGACCAGAAUUCCAAACAACGCAGAUAACGAAUAGUGGUGAAGAAGAACAAUUGAUCGCUUUGAAUUUAUCUGAAGCCAGACUUUUGAUUAGAGCUGCUUUGAAAGAAAGAAGAAAUAAGAAUACUAGAGGAGAUGAAUUCAAUAUCGAAGAUGAUGAAAAUGAAAAGGAAGACGAAAUUUCAAAUAUAGAUUUAGCUGGCCCAAAUGCAAAUGAAAUAAUGCACAAAACGUUGAACUAUUUGUCGACCUUUGCAAGAUUCAAAAACUCUUCAGCUACUGAGACAGUGGAAAAGCUCCUUACAGAUUUUAGUAACCUGGCAAAUGAACCAUUGCACCCCUUUGAAGUCGCUCAGUUAGGGAACUUGGAAUGUGAAGAUGCCGAAGAGGCAAAAUCUUUAAUACCUAGUUUAUCUAGAAAGGUAUCUGAUGUUCAGCUACAAGCAUUACUAACAGAAUUGAGAAAGUAUCAGACUCUAUCUUAG